AUGGGAUCUAUCACAGAAUCUUCGUCUGGUCCCUAUGAGACCUUUUCCAAGCGCGGCCAAGCCGCCGUUGACCUGGGCACCAAGCGUAUAACAUGGGACAUCAUUAGCGACAUGUGGCAUCCUCAGACCAACCCAUCUGGCAUCCUCUCUGUCGGGAUGGCAGAAAAUACCCUACUCCAUGACACACUUCUCGAGUAUAUCCACGACAAUGCUCGCUUUACGGCCUCGCUUCUCACCUACAACAACGGAAGCAUGGGAUCCAACGCACUUCGAAAGUCAGUCUCGCACUUCUUGAACAGACACUUCAAUCCCUUCCGCCCAGUGAAGCCAAAUCACAUCCUAAUGACAAACGGAUGUUCCUCUGCAAUUGAACACUUGAGCUGGACUUUUCUGAACCCAGGAGAAGCAAUCCUCCUGAGCAAGCCAUACUACAGUACUUUCAUUGCAGAUAUCAGCCUACGUCCAGAAGCGGUAGUCGUACCUGUCGAAAUGGGAGAUGUGGACCCUCUAAGCCCGGAAGCUCUUGAUGAGUACGAGAAAGCGGCACUGGAAUUUGAAGAACGCACAGGAAAACGAGUGCGAGCUAUCAUACUCUGCAACCCACACAAUCCUUUGGGUCGUUGUUAUCCUCGGGAAACAGUCGACGGUCUCAUGAGACUCUGCCAGUCACGUCAGAUGCACCUGAUCAGUGACGAGAUCUACGCUCUCUCAGUAUGGACGAAUCGCGUGGAUACCGAUAUCCCAUUCACACCCUUUGAGUCCCUUUUGUCUAGAGACACGAGUUGUUUGAUCAAUCCCGCUCUCGUGCAUGUGCUCUGGGGGAUGAGCAAGGAUUUUGGUGCCAACGGCCUCCGAGUAGGUGCUAUUAUCUCGCAGUCCAACCCGAAGCUACAUUUCGCCCAGAAGUGCUUGUCGCUGUACUCGUUUGUCUCUGGGUUGUCGGAUCAAAUCACAGCCUCCAUCCUUCAGAACGAUGCCUUUACCGAUAAGUAUAUCCAGACAAAUCAAGAGAAGCUCUCUCUGUCGCACGAGUUUCUCGCCCAGCUCCUGGACAGACAUGGAAUCGAAUACUUGCAUGGAUGCAACGCUGGAUUCUUUUUGUGGGUGAACAUUGGUAAGAAGUAUAUCGAGCUUCACCCCGAAGAGAGGGGCCAAGGCCUCGAGUUUACCGAUAUGAUAUUUGACAAACUACUGAAAGGCAAGGUUUAUGUGGCCCACGGGACUGCUUACGGAUCAGAGAAGGCAGGGUGGUUCCGUUUGGUGUUUGCGCAUCCUCUUCCCUGGCUGGAGGAGGCAAUGGCACGCAUUAUGCGCGCUAUUCAUGAACCUUGA